AUGGCUGCCCUGCGCUGCUUCUCUCGAACAUCGGCAUUCAACACAAGCUCGAGAUUCACUGCACCCGUCGCCGGCCGAGCAUUCCAUCGAGCGAGCUUCGCCACAAAGUCCAGAUCCACACCCAUCAAAAUGUCCAAGGACCACAUUCUCACGCUGUCAUGCCCAGACAAGCCAGGAAUCAUCCACACGGUCACUGGACUGCUGGCAAAGCACAAUCUCAACAUCCUGGACCUGCAGCAAUUCUCCGACCCUGAUCUGAACAAGUUCUUCAUGCGAGUACAUUUCGGGCAUGCGGAUUCGACAGAACACUUGGCGCAGCCUUUCGCCGAGCUCAAAGAUGACCUGAACAUGGACUACGACAUCGUGCCAACAUCUCAAAAACCACGCGUGCUCAUCAUGUGCUCCAAAAUCGGACACUGCCUCAACGACCUGCUCUUCCGACAAAAGACCAACCAGCUCAACAUCGAGGUGCCAUUGAUCGUAUCCAACCACCCUGAAUUUGAAUCCCUGGCCAAGAGCUACGAUGUCCCGUUCCACCACUUGCCAGUCACGAAGGACACCAAAGCCGAGCAGGAAGGCCGCAUUCUGGAGUUGGUCAAAGAGAACAAGGUCGACCUCAUUGUCCUUGCACGGUACAUGCAAGUCCUCUCCCCAACUCUCUGCGAAGCGAUGAGUGGCAAGAUCAUCAAUAUCCACCACUCCUUCUUGCCUUCUUUCAAGGGUGCCAAGCCGUACCACCAGGCGUAUGACCGAGGUGUGAAGAUUAUGGGCGCGACGGCACAUUUCGUUACGGCGGAUUUGGAUGAGGGUCCGAUAAUCGAGCAGCGUAUCACUAGAGUUGACCACAGCAUGCAGCCGAAGGAGUUGGUGGAGGAAGGGUCAAAUGUGGAGACGCAGACUCUGGCUGCGGCGGUCAAGUGGUGGUCGGAGAAGAGGUUGUUUCUGAAUGGAACGAAGACUGUUGUGUUCAACUAG